GCUGAGGGAGGGAAGAUGGCGGCGCGGGCGGGCUUCCAGGCGGUGGCUCCGAGCGGCGGCGGCGGCGGGGCCGGCCCCGGUGCGGGAGCGCUGGGCCCAGGGGCUGCUGGGCCUCCUGUGCGGAUGGGCCCGGCCCCGGGGCAAGGAAUGUACCGCUCUCCUCUGCCCGGCGCUGCAUACCCGCGCCCUGGCAUGUUGCCUGGCAGCCGCAUGAACCCUCAGGGACCUGCCAUGGGACCUCCAGGGUAUGGCGGGAGCCCUUCAGUCCGACCAGGGAUGGCUCAGUCGGGAAUGGACCAGUCUCGCAAAAGGCCAGCCCCUCAGCAGAUCCAGCAAGUUCAGCAGCAGUCAGUUCAGAACCGUAACCACAAUGCCAAGAAAAAGAAGAUGGCAGAUAAGAUUCUACCUCAGCGGAUCCGGGAGCUAGUGCCAGAGUCUCAGGCGUACAUGGAUUUGUUGGCAUUUGAGAGGAAGCUGGACCAGACCAUAAUGAGGAAGCGGUUGGAUAUCCAGGAGGCCUUGAAGCGGCCCAUUAAGCAAAAGCGGAAGCUGCGCAUCUUUAUCUCUAACACCUUCAACCCAGCCAAGUCUGAUGCAGAGGAUGGAGAAGGCACCGUGGCCUCCUGGGAGCUCCGAGUGGAAGGACGUCUGCUAGAAGAUUCUGCUCUCUCAAAGUAUGAUGCUACCAAACAGAAGAGGAAGUUCUCAUUCUUUAAGUCUCUGGUGAUUGAGCUGGACAAGGACCUCUAUGGCCCUGAUAAUCACCUGGUGGAGUGGCACAGGACUGCGACCACCCAGGAAACUGACGGUUUCCAGGUGAAAAGACCUGGCGAUGUGAAUGUGCGUUGUACUGUCCUCUUGAUGCUGGAUUACCAGCCUCCUCAGUUCAAACUGGACCCACGUUUGGCUCGCCUCUUGGGCAUCCACACCCAGACCCGCCCAGUGAUUACGGCCCUGUGGCAGUUCAAGACUCACAAGCUGCAGGACCCUCACGCGGAGUACGUCAUUUGUGACAAGUACCUCCAGCAGAUAUUCGAAUCUCAGCGAAUGAAGUUCUCGGAGAUCCCUCAGCGGCUGCAUGCUUUGCUCAUGCCCUCCAGAACCGAUCAUCAUCACCAUGUCAUCAGCGUCGAUCCAAAUGAUCAGAAGAAAACUGCUUGCUAUGACAUUGAUGUGGAAGUGGAUGACACAUUGAAAACCCAAAUGAAUUCUUUCCUGCUCUCCACAGCCAGUCAGCAGGAGAUAGCUGCACUGGAUAACAAGAUCCAUGAGACCAUAGAAACAAUCAACCAGCUGAAGACCCAGCGGGAAUUCAUGCUGAGCUUUGCCAGAGACCCCCAGGGCUUCAUCAACGACUGGCUGCAGUCCCAGUGCCGGGACCUGAAGGCUAUGACUGAUGUUGUCGGGAACCCAGAAGAGGAGCGCCGAGCUGAGUUUUACUUCCAGCCAUGGGCUCAGGAGGCCGUGUGCAGAUACUUCUACUCUAAGGUUCAGCAGAGACGGCAGGAGCUGGAGCAGGCCCUGGGAAUCCGCAACACAUAGGCAGGCCUGCCUCUCCCAAGCCAGCAGGUCUUAACGGCUAACCAAACACUGCAGGGAUUCACUGCUCAGGCCUAUACAAUUCCCACUUCAGCACAGAACCUACCGUUCCUCUCCCGACAUCUCUUUCCGCUGCUCCGGUCCCCCCUCCCUCCGGGGGGGGGGGGGAGGGGAUGGUGUCAGGCCAAAGGUCUUGUAUUUCAGCUUGGCCUCCUUCCUCGAUUUGUUGCCUUUGGAGCCCCAGGGCUCUCCUGUCCUGGCUCUAGCUGAAGCUCUUCCACACUUGGAACGGUUUCAGUUAAGAGCCUUGCAAGCUCAGGACCUCCUUGCCCAGUCCCUAGGAGCUCCCCCCACCCCCAAUUCCACCCCCAAAGCUGUGUCUGCGCAUCAGCUUUGUACCUGGGCAGGUGGGCACAGGCCUGGGCCUGUUCAGCUUCUUGUAGGGUUAGAGGAGAGGAGCAGGAGGGUGUCGCUGCAGCAAAUUCCAUAUGCCUUUAAGGGGCUGAGUGAUGAUGUGCAAAUUCAUCUAUUAUGAGAUGGCCGGAGCUCCCUCUGGCUUUUUCCCUGGGAGCUGCGACGCAGCAAAGUUGGCAAGGAGUCUGCAGGGUCACAACACUUGUAUCUGUCUUAACUUCAUGUUGGUGUUUUGCUUUUUGUUUUCAAAUGGGAUAGCUGGAGGAGAUGCCCAGAUACGGUCUUAGGCCUAGGCCUGUUCCACAGUGGUCAUCCCAAAUCAUUGCCCCCCCGGCAGCGGAGGAGGGGCAUCUCCAUCGCACCCCCCACCUC